AUCGGCUGCGAAACAGUUUCCCACGGUAUAACAAUCACAACACAUAUAUAAAGAGGGUUGGAGUGGGUAAGAUAGAGAGAGAGAAGGCGCAGCUCGCUCAAGUCAUUUUAUUGCCCUCACAUAUACCAUGCCAUACCAUACAAAAGUAUACAAAAAAACAGAAGCCACCACCACCACCAUGGGCACUACGAACCACCGAACCAUCUGAAACCACCGCUGGCAACAGCAGCAGGCCGCGCACGAGGCAAAAUGAGUGUCCCGCUCGCACUCACAGCUCGGAUCUUACACGGGCAGAGGCUAUAUAAAGCCGAUCCCACAGCCAGCCGACUCAUUCAAAGCUCCGACUUCGUUGCGUGCACACAGAGUAGUAGUCUCUCCUCAUAGUAAUAUCUCUGCGACUGUGGAUUACGCGAGUUUACUUCACCUCACUCAACUGCCGACCCCAUUGAAAAUGGUUCUGGAGAUGGAGAUGUCCAAGACCUAUCAGUACCGCAAGGUGAUGAAGCCCAUGCUGGAGAGGAAGCGUCGUGCCAGGAUCAACAAAUGCCUGGACGAGCUGAAGGACAUCAUGGUGGAGUGCCUCACCCAGGAGGGAGAGCACAUCACCCGGCUGGAGAAGGCCGACAUCCUGGAGCUCACCGUGGAGCACAUGAAGAAGCUGCGCGCCCAGAAGCAGCUGCGUCUGUCCAGUGUCUCCAGUGGCGGCUCCUCGGGAUCUCAGGAUCCCAAGCUCAGCAUUGCCGAGAGUUUCCGGGCGGGCUAUGUGCAUGCCGCCAAUGAAGUGUCCAAAACCCUGGCUGCCGUGCCCGGCGUGAGUGUGGAUCUCGGCACCCAGCUGAUGAGUCAUUUGGGUCAUCGCCUCAACUACCUGCAAGUGGUGGUUCCCUCGCUGCCCAUCGGAGUGCCUCUCCAGGCUCCUUCAGAAGAUCAGACCAUGGUCACCCCACCGCCCUCGGAAUGCGGCAGCUUGGAGAGUGGAGCCUGCAGCCCGGCGCCCAGUGAGGCCAGCUCCAGUGCCUCCGGUCCCAUGUGGCGACCCUGGUGAGCUCUGGACUCCAGAUGAUCUUCACCUGGAUCGCCUUCAAGCGGAAGGCUUCUACAAAUCGUUGCCCCAAAAAGGUGCUGGAAUGAAAACCGCACCCAAGACUUUGGAGCCCCUCAAUUGCUGCCCAGGAUAAGCUUUCCCAGCAGCCCCCAGCCGGGUCACCCAUCUCUAGCAGAGCCUCAAAUUCCGGCUAUAGAGAUUGCUGCUUACCUAUUG